CUCUUUCACGGAUGCGACUGUUCCUCAUUUGUAAAAUGCCCAAUUUGUUUAUAGGCAAAAUUUGUCCCUCGUGCAAUUUAGGGGAAAAAAAGAAGGGCAGAAUUUGGAUAAGGUCUUUCACGUUCAGUACGUGGUUCUUCGGGAGAUUACUGUAAUAAGAGAAAACCGUCAGCUUUUUCUUUACACCUCCGGUCUCAGUAAAUCAAAUGGAGACGCAAGGAACGGGCUUUCCUCCUGCUUGCCACAUGAAUGGAUCUGAAGAUCAAAAGGUCAGAGCUGGAACCUCCGGUGCUUUGGAAGACAAUCCAAUAUGUGAAUUUCAGUAUCUAAAGAAAAUCCACGAGGAAAAAAUCAAGGAAAGAUUGUGGAAAGAUUCUCUUGGAACAAUGGAUAAACCGGGGCUUCCUGACAGAUUCACACGUUCCUUCUUACGUUCCAGAGGACUUCCUGUUCCUGUACUGUGUGCAAGGAAUAUAUCAGGCUCAGUUCAUUCCCAUCUGCGAAGGCUGGGGAGGCGAGGACAGCAGGAGGAGCUCUUCCGCAUAGGCGGAAAGGAAUCGAAAAAUCCCUUCGCUGAUUUCUGGAAUCUGCAGUUCUGGAUUGGUACUCUGGGCGCCGCUGUUGACCAAUCAAGAGAGGGAAAGGCAGAGAGAGAUCCAGCCGGCCCGACCCUGCUGGAGUUUACUGGAGCUCCGGCUCUUUAAGGACCUGAACCGCCACCACCUAUCCUUCAGUUUUAAAAGGUCCAUCCCUCCCGAUACCAGAGUCCGAGAAGGAAAUCGGCGAAGUCCGAAACGCAUCGGAAAGCGUAGAUAACCGAGCACCCGAGGAGCCAUGGCAGCUCGUCAGGAACGCAGGGACUGCAGAGGGCGAGCCCUGCUUUGUCUGCUCCUGGGGACGCUGUGGGAGAUUGGAUCCGGACAGAUCCGCUAUUCGGUCCCCGAGGAAAUGGAGAAAGGCUCUUUUGUGGGGGACGUGGCCAAAGACCUGGGAUUGGAGCCCCGGGAGCUGUCGGAGCGCCGAGUCCGCAUUGUCUCCAGAGGUAGGACGCCCCGUUUCGCGUUGAAUGUCAGAAGCGGCAGCUUAGUCACAGCAGACAGAUUGGAUAGAGAGGAGAUUUGUGCCGAUGCUGACAAAUGUGUUUUGACUGAGGAGAUUCUCGUAGAGGACAAAGUGAAGAUUUACGGUAUAGAAGUGGAAAUAACCGAUAUUAAUGAUAACGCUCCCCGCUUCAUGGGAGAAGAAAUGGAAAUAAAAAUCAGUGAGAGUUCAGCUGUACGAUCCCGAUUUCCCCUUCCGGAAGCUCAUGAUCCGGACGUGGGGGAGAACUCCUUGCAGAGCUACCAGCUCAGUCCAAACAGACAUUUCUCCCUGGAUGUGCAAAGCGGAGCUGACGGGACCAAGAAUGCGGAGCUGGUGCUGGAGCGGGUCCUGGACCGGGAGGAGGAGGCUGUUCAUCACCUCGUCCUCACGGCCUCGGACGGGGGAGAUCCGGUUCGCUCAGGCACUGUGCGGGUCCGUGUGACGGUGGUGGAUGCGAAUGACAAUGCGCCGGUCUUUACUCAGUCUGUGUAUCAGGUGAUGGUGAGGGAGAAUGCUCCCGUAGGCACUCAGGUGGUCACGGUAAACGCCACAGAUCCGGAUGAGGGAGUCAACUCCGAAGUGACAUAUUCAUUCAGGAAAAUUACGGAUAAAACCUCUCGGAUAUUCCAGCUAAACAAGGUGACUGGAGAAAUAUCUACUUUGAGAAAUCUUGAUUACCAAGACUCAGAAUAUUAUGAGAUGGAAGUUCAAGCACAAGACGGUCCUGGUCUCCUCGCAAGGGCGAAAGUGCAGGUGACGAUUAUAGAUGUUAAUGACAACGCCCCGGAAGUAACUAUCACCUCUCUGACCAGUUCAGUCCCCGAGGACUCGCCCCCGGGCACGGUAAUUGCACUUUUAAACGUGCACGACCGAGAUUCCGGGGACGACGGCCUCGUCACGUGUUCCAUUCCCGAUAAUCUACCUUUUAAAUUGAAAAAAUCCUAUGGAAAUUAUUACAGUUUAGUGACAGAGAAUGCUCUGGAUCGGGAGCUGAUUCCAUAUUACAACGUGACGGUGAUAGCCACAGACCGAGGGUCCCCGCCCCUUUCUGCGCACACCUACAUCACUUUGCAUGUGACAGAUACCAAUGACAACCCGCCUGCCUUCGAGCAGACAGCCUAUUCCCUCUAUAUUCCCGAGAACAACCCCAGAGGCGCAUCUGUCUUCCGUGUGACAGCCCGGGACCCCGACAGUGAAGAAAACGCGCGAGUCACUUACUCCAUCAGUGAGAAGCCCGGCCAAGAACCUCCUCUGUCAUCCUACAUAUCCGUUAACUCGGAGACCGGGGUCCUGUACGCUCUGCGAUCCUUCGAUUACGAGCAGUUCCGGGAGCUGCAACUGCUGGUCACCGCACAAGACGGCGGGACCCCGGCCCUCAGCAGCAACGUGUCGGUGACUCUGCUGGUCCUGGACAAAAAUGACAACGCCCCGGAGAUCCUGUACCCAUCCUUGCCUACCGACGGCUCCACCGGGGUGGAGUUGGCUCCGCGAUCGGCCGAGCCGGGAUACCUGGUGACCAAAGUGGUGGCUGUGGAUGGUGAUUCAGGCCAGAAUGCCUGGCUGUCCUACCGCCUGCUCAAGGCCACGGAGCCAGGCCUCUUCUCGGUGGGGCUACACACGGGAGAGAUCAGAACGACCCGAAACUUCCUGGACAAGGAUGCCCUCAAGCAGAGCCUCGUGGUGGCAGUAAGGGACAACGGGGAGCCCCCCCUCUCUGCCACCGUCACUGUCACGGUGGCCGUGGCCGACAGCAUCCCCGAGAUCCUGUCGGAUCUGAGUAGCCUCUCGACGCCCGCAGACCCCGAGUCCAGUCUCACGCUGUACCUGGUGGUCGCGGUGGCCACCGUGUCCUGUCUAUUCUUGGCCUUCAUCAUCGUGCUGUUGGCCCUGAAGCUCCGCAGAUGGCGGGCUGCGCGGCUGCUGCAGUCGUCGAGUGGGUAUCUCGGGGGCGUUCCGGCCUCUCACUUUGUGGGCAUCGAUGGGGUCCGAGCUUUCCUCCAGACUUAUUCUCACGAGGUGUCCCUGACCACAGACUCCCGGAAAAGCCAGUUGCUUUUUCCGCAGACCAAUUAUUGUGAUACUCUGACUAAACAACAGACUUAUGAAAAAAAGGAACCUCUGUUAGUACCCGAGGAUUUGAACCUGGUCAAAGAUGACCAGUCUGUCUUACAGCAAGCUCCCCCCAACACGGACUGGCGUUUCUCUCAGGCUCAGAGACCUGGCACCAGUGGAUCCCAGCCUGGUGAUGAAGGAGGCACCUGGCCCAACAACCAAUUUGAUACGGAGAUGCUGCAGGCUAUGAUCUUGGCCUCCGCCAAUGAAGCGGCCGACGGCAGUUCCACCCUGGGCGCGGGCACCAUGGGUCUGAGCGCCCGCUACGGCCCCCAGUUCACCCUGCAGCACGUCCCCGACUACCGGCAGAACGUCUACAUCCCGGGCAGCACGGCCACGCUGACCAACGCCGCGGGCAAGAGGGACGCCAAGGUCACCGGCGGCGGGGGCGGCGCGGGGGCCGGGGCCGGGGGCGGCGCGGGGGCCGGCGGAGGCGGCGGCGGCGGCGGGGGCAACAAAAAGAAAUCCGCCAAGAAGGAAAAGAAGUAGGAAGGGCGUCUCGUUCGGAGCCCGACGCCCCCCUCCUCCCACCCCACCCCCGGGCCCUCCACCUGUCUCCCACCCGCCCGGGGUCACCCUCCGGGCCGCUGCCCCCCACCGUGGCCGCCCUGGGCUCUGGGCUCUGUGCUCUCCCCGCCCCUCUCUCUGCUCCUUCGCCCCCCGGCUGGGGGUCUGAAUAUGCAACGGGGGUCGGCCCCCCCACCCCCGGACCCCCGAUUCUGGGCGGUGAGAUGGGGCUCCCGCCCCCCCCCCCCCCCGCCCCGGGGUUCCCGCUUUGAGUGACCCCCAGCCCUCACCCCCGACCCGUCUCUCCUCCCGGGCCUCAUGCCUCGCCCCCGUGGGGGUCACGGGGGGCCCAAGGGCCCUCGUGGCUUCCCACACCCGGUAGCCAAAUCCACCCCUCCCCCGGCCCCCAAGGGCGACCCCCCCCCUCCCUCCUCCGGCUCCCGGCGCGGCGCAGAGGGCAGACCUCCGGUGGCCGGAGACGGGGCCCUCCGCUCCCGCCCGCUCGGAGCCCGGCCUUGGGCCGGCCGGUGACGGGCUGGACGCCCCCCGCCCCCCCACCCCCCACCCCGAGGCCGAAGCGGGAGGCGGCGAGAGUGGGGAUGCGGGGAGGGUCCCUUCACGUUCCUUCCCAGUCCACUGCAUGCCAACGGCCCCUCCCCCGGCCCCACGGGCGGCUCUCUUGCAUCGACCGGUUUAGCGGGCCUCUCCGCCCUUCGAGGAGAACCCACAUCUCCCGCCGAUUCGGGCGCCCUUCCCCCGGCCGGAACGCGGGUCUCGAACCCCGUGGACCCCCGGGCAGGGGGAGGCCGAGGGGGCCACCGCGGGUGGGCACCGUGUGCCCUUGGCACGUCCGGAGCCGGCGGGCCCCCCGGCUGGGCUCGGGGGGGGGGGGGGAAAGACGGGCCAGCGGGCCCUCCUCGCCAAAUGCCAGCCCCCCCGCCCGCUCCGCCCUCCCCUGCCCCCCUCGGGUGCCCUCUGCUCUCCUCUACCAGGCCCUCGGGUCCUCCGCUGCCUUCUGGUACCCAGACCCCGGGGGGAGGGGGGCGAGGGGGUCGGAUAUCCCGCUAGCAACCCCCGGGUUUAGCCCUGGUACUGCACUAGAUCCGUUUACACCGCUGGAGGGGCCUAGGGAGACCCCCUCCCCACCGGCCCGCCCCCCCCCCCUUGGCGUAGCGAAUAGUGUCCUUGCCCCCCAGCUGGUGUAGAGUAGCCGUGCGUAGCCAGUGCCGUGUGCUUUCUCAGUCCCGCUCCAGUGCGCCUCGUGUCUCCGUGAGCUGUAGCCCCCUCCCACGCCCGCCCCGUGUCCAGUACUGACCACUUUCGCCCACCCGGCCUCUAAACGCUUCUCCUUCCCUAUAGCCGUGCAGACCCGCCCCCGCCCCCCCCCCCCGCCCCGCCGCCUCGCCGUGUCCUACGCCAGUUUUAUACUCUAAUAUUUAUAUGGCUUUUUUUUUUUCUUUGGGAAAAAAAAAAUUAAUAAAACGGUCUCUUCUGA